AUGACACAAGACUUACGAGCACCCUCGUUCAUGGAAAGGUACCAGUUGUGUCGUGUUGAUAACAAGUACUAUCCUAAUUUCAACGUUACAGUCAAAUAUGCAUCCACAAUCAAUCCAAAAGUCCUCGCUCAUGCCGUACACAACAUCAUUGUCAAAAACCCACUACUCGGGUGCAACUAUUUCAGAACCACUCAAGGUGACGAUCACAAUGAUUAUAGAAACUAUUCAAUUCGCCCUAUUGAUAUCAAGUUUGAUGAGUUGAUUUCAGUAAGUUCGGAGUCAGAGGACACUUAUAUCAAUGAUGAGCUUUUCGCUGAAUUAAACAAGAUCCAUUUCGAUAUAAAUGAAACCAAACCGUUGUGGAAGUUGGUACUCAAUGGACCUUAUGUGACGAUUGUUUGUUCACACAUUUACUUUGACGGGAAUAGUGGAUGCUUUUUCCACAAAGAUUUACUUGAAGAGUUGAAGGAAUUGCACAGUAUCGAAGAUCUGUUGGCUCCAUUGGAAUUCAUUGUGAAGGCGGUUGAGAUUACUUCAGUGCCACCGCCAGUUGAUUCAACAACGACAUUGUAUUCAUUACCCAUUUGGCAAUCAGUGAAGAAUCUAUUCAAGUUGGCAGUUGCCCCAUCAUGGUUCAAGUCUCCUACAAAGUUACCACUAUUCCAAACAACUCCAAUUGUAGUUGAUCAAAUUAAUCACUUCAAAGUCAUCCAUAUAGAUCCAGCUACAGUCAAAUCCAUCUUGACCCACGUUAAGUCAUUGAAAACAACAUUGACACCAUGGUUAAUCGCAAUAACAUUCAACCUGUUUCUGAAACUACACCCAAACAACUCAUUUGAUGCCACUAUUCCAUUAAAUGGCCGUAGAUAUACACCAGCAGACAAAUAUCAAGUUGUGGUUGCUGAAUCAACAGUUGCCCUCGAUCCACCAUUUGAUAUAGAAGCGACAUCAUCGGCAAUCACGACUCAAUUAUCAGCGGAAUUGGAAUCACGAGACCCAUUCAAUCGUGUCGCUUUGCUCAAGUUUGUCAAUAUUGGAAACUUUGCCAGUCAAAGAAUUGGUACUCAUGCAAGACAUACAAUGGAAAUUAGCAAUGUUGGCAAAUUACCAGUAUCUCGAUGCUGGUUUAGUCAAGGAUGUGGAUUUUCAGCACAUUUGCAAUUGAACGUGGCUAGUGGUGAAGAUGGUAUGGACAUUGUGUUUGCUUACGUGGAUGAGGUCAAGAAAGAUUUCGAUGAAUUUAUAAACAACUUUCAAAAGGAGAUUAGUAGUAUUAAACGGGGAGCUACAUGA